UCUUAUUUCGUCUCUCCUUUGGUAGUGAAGAUGGAUAUGUACAAAGAUGAUAGCUCCCCAUACUGUUAUUUCCAUCCAAAGGAAGAAUAUGUUGGAGUGUGUCCUCUCUGUCUGAACGAGAGGCUUCUGGUUCUAGCUUCGAAGCAGAGAUCACCAAGAACCAAACACUCUUCAUCUUCACCAAUCAUUAGCCUCCCUAAGAUAUUCACCUUGAGCUCUCUCCUCAGUCGCCUCGAUCUCCGUCACCACCGGAAAUUCCAUCCCUCUUCCGAUCUUGACGUCUCCACAAGCCAAGAAGAUUCUUUUAUAUCAAUAAAAUUUGAAAACGAUGGAAACUCGUCAUGGGAGAGGAAAACAGUGUCAAAGGCUUGUGAAGAUAACACAAACUCAACAUGUAAGAAGCAGCAAGCCCCUAUAACGAGCACUACGAGUAUCGUAGAGCACAAUAGUGCCAAGUCAUCUCUUAAGUGGCGCAAACGUAUUGGUCACCUUUUCCAUGUCAUCAAACUCAGAUCAGGAUUUCCCACCUCUUCUUGUCAUGUGGCAUCUUCCAAGGUCGAAGGAACCAAAGUGAGAAAACAUGGCUGGAUGGUGAGGACCUUAACCAGAAGAAAAUCCAGGAAAAGUAAAACUUGAGUUUUUGUUUUCAUAUAUUUAUUUAUUAAACUUAGACAAAUAUGUUGAUGCUUUUGUUUAAAGAAGAAAUAUAUGUUGAAGUUUUUUUUGUAAGUAAUGAUAACAUGGAUUGAAAAACGACUGCAAAAAUCCAUAAAUUAAAUUGUUAAAAUUUAUUA